AUGGAGUGCCGUGUGCUGUCCAUUCAGAGUCACGUUGUCAGAGGAUACGUGGGGAACAAGUCUGCGACCUUCCCACUGCAGGUUUUGGGCUUUGAAGUGGACUCGAUCAACUCUGUGCAGUUUUCCAACCACACAGGCUACGGUCACUGGAAGGGUCAGGUCUUAACUGCAGAGGAGCUGAAUGUUCUUUAUGAAGGAAUCAAGCUCAAUAAUGUCAACCACUACGACUACAUCCUCACCGGGUACAGCCGAGACACGUCCUUCCUGGAGACAGUGGUGGAUAUUAUAAAGGAGCUCAAGAGGACCAAUCCCAAACUGGUGUAUGUGUGUGACCCUGUGAUGGGAGAUCAAGGUGCUAUGUAUGUUCCAGAAAAUCUACUGCCAGUGUACAGAGACAAAGUUGUGCCUUUGGCUGAUAUUCUCACGCCCAAUCAGUUUGAAGCAGAGAUUUUAACUGGAAGGAAAAUUCAUUCAGUGGAAGACGCGAUAGAGGUGAUGGACUUACUUCAUAAAAUGGGCCCUGAGACUGUUGUCCUGACCAGUACAGACCUGCCGUCAACGCGUGGGGACCAGUUCUUGGUGACUCUGGGAAGCCAAAAAUCAGUGAAACCAGAUGGGACCAAUACCGUUCAGAAAAUCUGCCUCGACAUCCCCAAAGUGGAUGCAGUCUUCGUGGGCACUGGGGACUUGUUUGCCGCCAUGUUGCUUGCAUGGACUCACCACCAUCCGAACGAUCUGAAGUCCGCCUGUGAGAAAACUGCCUCUGUCAUGCAUCACGUCAUCAAGAGAACAAUUAAAUACGCCAAUGAGCUGGCUGGCCCGGGGAAGAAACCAAAUGCGGCACAGCUGGAGCUGAGGAUGGUCCAAAGCAAAGCCGACAUUGAAAACCCUGCCGUUGUUCUCGAGGCUAGAGUUAUACAGAAGAAAAAUCAGUGA